AUGGUACUUGCCCGCGUGGCCAACUUCUUCACCAACGGAGACUCUACCAGUACUCUCACCGAUAGUAGCCGGGACUAUGUCGCAAAUACAACACGAGCAAGGGCGCUGCCCAUGGAGGAUACCAAGCGAAGAGUGAUUGACGAGGAGGUGAUAGACGACGAAGCAGCGCGGCCGCCAUACCUACAUGCAAUGCUGGCAGGAGGCAUAGGAGGCACCACAGGCGACAUGCUGAUGCACUCACUCGACACUGUAAAGACGCGCCAACAGGGCGACCCGCAUAUGCCACCAAAGUACACAUCCAUGGGUAAUACAUACUACACCAUAUGGCGGCAAGAGGGAUUCAAAAGAGGAUUGUAUGGCGGUGUUGAACCUGCCUUUCUUGGAUCGUUCAUUGGCACCAUGUGCUUCUUUGGCGCAUAUGAAUGGACAAAGCGGACUAUGAUCGACUAUGGCGUCACUCCAUCAGUCGCAUAUUUCUCAGCAGGUCUCCUAGCCGACCUCGCGGCAGCCCCCGCAUACGUCCCGUCGGAAGUCCUCAAGACCCGCCUUCAAUUGCAAGGCCGACAUAACAACCCUUACUUCAAUUCCGGCUACAAUUAUCGCUCUACCAUUGACGCCGCACGCACAAUCGCCCGAACCGAAGGUUACAGCGCCCUUUUCCACGGCUACAAAGCGACACUUUGGCGCGACUUGCCCUUUUCCGCACUGCAAUUCGCCUUUUACGAAGAAGAGCGCGGCUGGGCAAAAAAGUACAUGGGUACUAACAACAUUGGACUCCCCCUGGAAAUUGCGACCGCAGCAACAGCAGGAGGAAUGGCCGGUGUCAUAACCACACCUCUCGACGUAGUCAAAACUCGCAUCCAAACCCAGCACAACGGUCCUUCUCCAGCCUCCCCAGCCGCACCCAAAAUCUCGCUUUCCCCAGCAUCAACAACGAAACAUGCACCACUCACACAGUCUGUUGCCCCGCGCUCUACAACGCAAAGCAGACCCAUAUCUACCUCGUCGCCCUCAACGACGCUCAAAGCACAUGGCGCAGCAACGCUCGACACAUCAUCUGUCGUCACGGGUUUAAAGAUAAUAUACAAGACUGAAGGCGUGGCUGGCUGGUUCAGAGGCGUAGGACCCCGUGCGGUCUGGACGAGCGUGCAGUCUGGUACUAUGCUCGUCUUGUACCAGACGCUUCUCCGGUAUUUUGAGGAGCAUCCCCUGUCACGUGCUGAGGAUGUGUAA